AUGCAUCAUACUUUUCAUUUAGGAUGGAAACCGCCUCCGAGAUGUGAACAAGCCUUAGACUGGGUAAGUGGAGAGAGUGCCCUCCAAUACUAUGGAGAAUCGCGUACCGCCAGUGCCAGCACCUCCAAUACGGAUACCGCCAGUGCCAGCACCUCCAAUACGGAUACCGCCAGUGCCAGCACCUCCAAUACGGAUACCGCCAGUGCCAGCACCUCCAAUACGGAUACCGCCAGUGCCAGCACCUCCAAUACGGAUACCGCCAGUACCACCACCUCCAAUACGGAUACCGCCAGUACCACCACCUCCAAUACGGAUACCGCCAGUACCACCACCUCCAAUACGGAUACCACCAGUGCCACCACCUCCAAUACGGAUACCGCCAGUACCACCACCUCCAAUACGGAUACCGCCAGUGCCAGCACCUCCAAUACGGAUACCGCCAGUACCACCACCUCCAAUACGGAUACCGCCAGUACCACCACCUCCAAUACGGAUACCGCCAGUACCACCACCUCCAAUACGGAUACCACCAGUGCCACCACCUCCAAUAGGGAUACCGCCAGUACCACCACCUCCAAUACGGAUACCGCCAGUGCCAGCACCUCCAAUACGGAUACCGCCAGUGCCAGCACCUCCAAUACGGAUACCGCCAGUGCCACCACCUCCAAUACGGAUACCGCCAGUACCACCACCUCCAAUACGGAUACCGCCAGUACCACCACCUCCAAUACGGAUACCACCAGUGCCACCACCUCCAAUAGGGAUACCGCCAGUACCACCACCUCCAAUACGGAUACCGCCAGUGCCAGCACCUCCAAUAGGGAUACCGCCAGUACCACCACCUCCAAUACGGAUACCGCCAGAACCCCCACGCUUGUAGCAUAUGCCUGA